CUGGAUAGGACGACGCACAGCACACUUUACCCCAAAUGCUCUCCCUCAUACUCUCACCUCGCCCUCAUCAUUGACAAUUACUCUUUCUCCAUCUCUCCUGUUUCUUUCUCCCAACUCCUCCCAGAAAAAAAAUGCAGUCCAUGUUUAACCUCCGAGCCUCCUAUGGCGUCCCUCUCUGUCUCUCCGGGAUAACCCUAACCCUCCAUGCUUCUCUUCCCCAAGAGAUGGCAGAUCACGAUCGCAGAAGGGAGAUCAUGAGACUGAGAAGGCGCAGAUCACUGCCCACGCACCCUCGUCAUGCAAAUCAAGAAAUGGCUCUCCUCACAAACUCUGUGGACAUCAAACAUGGCGAACAUGGAGAUCUGGAUGAUUCUAUUCUACUUGAUCUGUUUCAGGGUUUAACUGCUAAAGCUGCGUAGUGAUUUGUUCACCGGAAUCACCACCGUUUGUGGUUCUCACCGGUCACCUGUGAAAUCCUCAUGUUGUAGGCUCUGUUUUCACCUUCGAAAUUGUUAUGUGUUCUGAAUUUGCCUCGUCCUUGUUCUGUUUCAGUUGUUGGUUUCUUUAAUUGUUCUCAAGAAUUAUUCUCCAUGUGAUAUAAUAUAGCAUAUGUUACACCCUUCUCAAUCUGAUUAUGCAACCAAUUAGCUCAA